AUGGCGACCGCUAUGACAACGUCAAGGAACUCACCGAACCCGGUGACUCGAGUACUGGAAACGGUCAGGGCGGUGGACGAGACCGGGCUGGAAGAACUCCAAGUUGCGGUGGACGAACUCCAGGGUGGUGUGAAGAGAUUGAUGGCAGAUCGAGAGCUGGCGGAGAAGAGACGUCAAGAAGAGAUGGAUGAAAUUCGACGAGCUCUAAGCAAACUGGCACGAGAUGUGGAGGUGAGACAAGGAAAACAGCCGAGAGUCGAGACCACCAUGGGCCUCGAGCCCGAGGUUGGGGAAGGGCCAACAUCAGCGGCAGCGGUGAGCCGCGAAUGCGGCAUCGGCGACAAUGACUACUGCGGGAACAUACGGGUCGACGGCUUUGACAAUCGGCUAAGUUAG